AUGAAGUACACCGCGAUCCUGGUUUUCUUCGCCGCUGGCGCCCUGGCCACCCAGAACCUCAACGGCCUUCCUCCCUGCGCCAGAGCCUGCCUUCUCAAAGCCAUCACGCAAAAUAGCCAGUGCGGCAACAAUAUGCAGUGUGCCUGCAGGGGCUCCGCCGGCAUAAAGGUGCGGAACGGUGCCUGGCCUUGCAUCGAGCAAAUGUGUGCCAAGGACGCUAAGAUGAUUCAGGCUUCUCUCGCUAAGUACUGCUCGUAA